AUCAGCUAAACAAAGUGAUUCUUAAUUUAGGUCUUGCAAUGAAGCUUCUACUGCUGCUGCUUGCCUUCUGCGUUCUUUCUCUAUCAAGGUGUGAAGAAAAGUCUGUCCCUUAUGAUUACUCGGCAUCAAUAGAGUGUCUACCGAUCCCUAAUAAACCACAAUACAAUGGAGGGAUCAUCGUGAAUCCUGACCUGCAAAAUGGUUCACAAGGCUGGUCACAAUUCGGAAACGCCAAAGUUGAUUUCAGAGAAUUCGGAGGUAAUAAGUUUGUUGUUGCCACACAGAGGAAUCAAUCUAACGACAGCGUCUCACAGAAGGUUUACUUGGAAAAAGGAAUUCUCUACACUUUCUCGGCCUGGUUACAAGUAAGCAUAGGAAACGCUCCUGUAAACGCCGUUUUUAAGAAGAAUGGUGACGUUAAAUAUGCCGGUUCGGUUGUUGCUGAAGCAAAAUGCUGGUCCAUGCUCAAAGGUGGCCUCACCGUUGAUGAAUCUGGUCCUGCCGAUCUCUACUUCGAGAGCGCGAACACAACGGUUGAGAUUUGGGUUGAUAGCGUCUCUUUGCAACCUUUCACACAAGAAGAGUGGAACUCUCACCACAAGCAGAGCAUUGACAAGGAAAGAAAAGGUGUCGUGAAGAUCAAAGUCGUGAAUAACAAGGGCGAGACGGUACCAAACGCAACCAUUACCAUAGAACAAAGGCGACUCUGGUUCCCAUUUGGUUGCGCCGUAGAAAAUAACAUACUUUGGAAUCAAGCAUACCAAAACUGGUUCACUAAAAGAUUCACCGUGACAACUUUUGUGAACGAGAUGAAAUGGUACAGCACGGAAAGAGUAAGAGGCAGAGAGGAUUAUACGAAUGCAGACGCGAUGUUGAGAUUCUUCAAGCAGCACGGCAUCGCUGUACGUGGCCACAAUAUUUUAUGGGACGACCCUAAGUAUCAACCUGGAUGGGUGUAUUCUAUGUGGGGUAACGAUCUCUACAACGCCGUGAAACGUAGGGUUUUCUCGGUGGUAUCGCGAUUCAAAGGGCAGCUUGCGGGUUGGGAUGUUGUGAAUGAGAAUCUCCAUUUUUCUUUCUUUGAGAGUAAGUUGGGUUAUAAAUCCUCUUAUAACGCAUUUUCGAUGGCUCAUGCCAUCGAUCCACGGACAACAAUGUUCAUGAAUGAAUACAAUACAUUAGAGCAACCUCAGGAUCAAAGUUCUAGUCCAGCUAGGCAUUUGCAAAAGCUUAGGGAGCUUCAAUCUAUCCGGGUUGCUGGAAAAAUUCCUUUAGGGAUCGGUCUUGAGUCUCAUUUUACCACUCCUAACAUUCCGUAUAUGAGAUCAGCUCUUGAUACACUUGGCGCCACUGGUUUGCCUAUUUGGCUAACUGAAGUCGACGUUGAUGCGCCUGACUAUGUCCGGGCCAAGUAUUUCGAGCAAGUUCUAAGGGAAGGCCAUGCGCAUCCAAAGGUGAAAGGAAUAGUGAUGUGGGCAGGAUAUUCUCCUAGAGGUUGCUACAGAAUGUGCCUCACCGAUGGAAACUUCAGAAACCUACCCACCGGAGACGUCGUGGACAGACUGAUACGUGAAUGGGGAGGGUUUCGCAGCCAAACCACAGGACUCACUGAUGCUAAUGGAUUCUUUGAGGCUUCACUUUUUCAGGGUGACUAUGUCCUCAAUAUAUCUCAGCCUUUCACCAAAUCAAAAGCUUCUUACAACUUUACGUUGACUCCUGAUGAUUCCUCUUCACAGAGCCAACCAUCUAUAUUUGUCUUUCCCGCUUGAGACGACGCCAACUUUACAACUACUUUGUAUUUGAACAGUUUGAUCCUUAGUGAAAAACUGUGGCAGACAGAUAGUCUAUUUUAAAUUGUGAAAAGGUGUGUAUUCCCAUGAGCCAUGAGCAUCUUUGGGUUGAUUUCCUAAG